CAGAUGCUAGGAUCAAUUCUUGCUAGCGGCACGCUAUAUCUUAUGUUCGAUGUAGAUGAGGAUGCAUAUUUUGGAACAGUGCCAGUCGGAACCACAGGUCAAUCACUUAUGAUGGAGUUUAUCACCUCCUUCAUGUUGAUGUUCGUCAUAUCUGGUGUUGCCACAGAUAACAGAUCAAUUGGAGAAUUAGCUGGAAUUGCCAUUGGAAUGACAAUACUUCUCAAUGUUUUCAUAGCUGGCCCAGUAUCCGGGGGGUCAAUGAAUCCUGCAAGAAGCAUAGGACCAGCUCUUAUCAUGCAAAAAUACACUGGACUAUGGAUAUAUGUAGUUGGACCUCUCUUGGGAACCAUUGUAGGAGGUUUUGCAUAUAAUUUGAUUCGAUUGACAGACAAACCACUCCGCGAGAUAACAAAGAGUGGAUCUUUCCUCGGCAACAUUGCCAAAAAAUAAUCAUUAGGCUUUUUUUAUCAUCACUUUCAUCAAUCACUUCCCUUAGCCCGGUGCUUACAAACAUUUGAUGCUGCAUGUGGCUUAUAUUGAAUGGGAAAAUGUAAAAAUUAAAAAAGAAAAGAGAAGAAGAAGAAGAAGAUAAACACCGACAGAAAAAUAUUAAUAGUUGUUUAAGUUGACGAUAUGAACUAAAUAUUGUGGACGUCAUGUAUAAGGUG